UCUUAUCAGAGGUGGUUGUGUGUGCCGUGCUUCCGUCCCUGACAGCAAACCGCUCAUCGUAACUUCGAGUUCUGAAUAAAGCAUCAUCGAACACUCGGAGGAGUACAAUGAUUUACUUGCAAAAGAGAACCUGCUCAAGCUUUCACUGAAGCCCUCUACCAAAAACAAUAUGGCGAAAACCAAAGAGUCUCGGAGUUUACCACAGCCACCGCCGAAACCAAUCAGUAGAAGGAACUCCAAUGUGGAAGACAGCCAAGGCCGAAAUAAUAUCGAAAAUGGCCUUUACGUGCACUCUUCUCCCCCUAAAGUUGUGUCGAACGACUCGGGCAGUUCUGGCUCAGCCAAUAUCAGGGAAUACCUACGAGGUGGCAACAUCUCAGGUCUGGAGGAGGUCGUCCUUGAUGGCAACGGGAACAAGCUACUCAGCCAGUCGUCUACCGACCCCAAAGUGCGAGCCUUCCUUAAAACAUUACCAGCUUACAUGUCUAAAAUAGACUUGGUGCACGACGCUGCUGAGCGAGGGAAUCUCCGAGAUCUGAAGACUUUACUCGACAGGAGGAAGAUUGCGCGAUCUAAGGACAGUCAGGGUGUGGGGCUGAUGCACAAAGCUGUGCUGUCAGGUAACGCUGAGCUCGUCGAGUAUCUCCUCGAGAACUACCCUGAGACUGCCGCCAUUACCGACCCUGAGGGUCGUACACCCCUGCACUACUGUGCGGCUAGUAAGGCUCCUGAGGCGGUCUACAGUGCAAUGAACAACUCUCCCGACGUCGAUAACCAGGUUCGGGACAGCAAGGGGCGGACUGCGGCACAAUACAUGUCCCGACCCGCUGAACUCAAGAUUGUCCACAAGCCCAAGAACAGUAGCGGCAACCGCAAGAAGUCAACGCCUAGUAAACGCCCCCUGAAGGUUGCCACGCCACCCAAAAGAGAAGGACUGAACAUCAACGGAGCAAACAUAAGGAUCUGGAUCCACGACCAGGACCUCCCGAAGCUGGAAAGGAUCGUGUGGGAGGGACAAGGACAGAAGCUCAUCAAGGAGACCAGCAACAACCCUAAAGUGCGGCAGUUCCUGAACCUCGUACCCAAGAUGAUGAUUAAGAUCAAGGAGGUGCACCAGAGCGUCAUCACUGGCGACAUGGAGAUGCUGGAGGCCAAGGCAGACCAGCCCGAGCUGCUCUCUGCCAAGGACCAAAACGGCCUCAACUCUCUUCACAAAGCCGCGGCUCUGGGCAACGUCGAGAUGUGCGAGUGGAUAUUACAGAAGAAUCAGUCCGCCGUGUUCUCGUCUGAUAAAAUGGGACGAACGCCCCUGCACUACUCCGUCAUCCCGUCCGACGACAACGAAACUUACGACACUUUAAUCCGUGGAGGUGCAGACAGGAAACACGUAGACAGGUUCAAGAAGACUGCUGACAUGUACCGCAACAAGCCCGGUGACCUGGACCUGUCGGUGGUGUACGAGCCCAUCGCCGCGCCCCGCAGCGGCAACGGCGCCCUCGACAUGCCCUUCUCCAGAGCCCCUUCCAUGGGCCCUUCCAGGUUUCCUUCCCGAGCGCCUUCUCGGGCAAGACCAAGUCGUUCGCUGAAUCCCUCCCGCCGAAGCUCAGCCGUGGCGGUGACGCCGCGUCGCGCCAAAAGCACCGACCGCGCCAAGAAGCCCAAAGCAAAACCCGACCCCGAGGACGACUUCUACGAACCUAAGGGGCUGGAGUUCCAUGACAUGAGUGACGUGAGUUCUGCAGAGCUGGAUAAGAUGAUCCUGGAUGGCGACCUUGACAACCUAGAGCUCGUCGUGCUGUCUGGCAGGGGCGCAGACUUGCGGGGGAAAUCUUCCUGGAAUGAAGAUGUUCGCAAGUUCUUGAAACGCGUUCCUGGUUACAUGGCUGGACGAUUACCUCUGCAUUACGCGGCUCAGUCUCGCUCGCCCGGCGGACGAGAAACCUACGAAUAUCUCGAUAGAGUUGGCGGUCAAGCAGACACUGAAGACUACGUAAGUUAA